AUGAGCAACCCCCCUCCUUACGCCCCAGUAUCCACCAGAGUCUUUCCUUCUCACCACAUGGUGAGACAAUCCCCGGCACUUUCUAAAGAAAUCACGCUAGAUGCAACCUCCAGAGAAUCCACAGAGGCGCUUUCUGAAAUAUACUCCAUCAUCAUUGUGCUUGAUCUUCUAGAGAAAUCGUAUCUUAAAGAUGGGUUAUUUGCAAAAACAAAAGACCCCGAUACCAAAGAAGAGGUGACAAUAGACACAUAUACCCCUACUGCGCUUCGUCUUUUGAACCAAUACAAUUCAUUGCUCAAAUUACCCGAUGUGAAAACCCAAUUUAUAGAUUUAAACACCUUCAAAAAGAAUUAUGGACUUUCAUGCCCAUUGGCCAGCGAAAGGAUUAGCGCUGGGGUCCCAGCUACUAUGGUCUCCUCAAUAACUAAGGAGUCUUCAUCAUCAGACAAAAAGAAUACAGGGGUGUCAUCCCGUGCUGUUGCAGAGGCCACUGGAAGCUUCAUCACUUUGAUGGACGCUUUAAAAUUAAAUUAUAAGGCAAAGGACCAAUUGUACCCACUUUUGUCGGAUCUUGUGACCUCCGUCAAUGCUGUAUUAAGUGAUGGUGAUGAAGAUAGCAGCGAAAGUGAAACUGAUAGUGAUGACGAAGAACCAACGUCAUCAAAGAAGCUUGAUUUUGAAGGGCGCUCCAAGCUUGUAGGCUGGCUAGUCAAACUUAAUAAUAUGAAAGCUGAUGAGGAGCUAAAUGCAGAAGACACUAGACAGCUUCUUUUCGACCUAGAGACCGCCUACAAGAAUUUCUAUACUUGUUUGGAAUAA